ACUUAGAGUCCUGCCUGCAGAUCUCCCCCUUUCUCUUUUCUCUAAUCUCUCAGUGCCUUUCCUGGUAACUGCUGAAAUCAGACCAGAGCCCCUCUGCGCUGGCAGCCAUUAAGAGAGAAAAACCAGGAUCUCUAAAUACUGAUUGAUAAAAAAGACCAGAUCUGGAGUCCUCCUUAUCUGCUGAGUUCCAGCCCAGACAGCCCAUCUACACCCGGUGCAUCCCAGCCCCAGAGGGGAAUGGCUGAGGAGAUCUCCGCUCAGAGCCUGGUAACGUUUGAGGAUGUCAGUGUCUAUUUCUCCCCGGAGGAAUGGGAGAUUUUGGAAGAGUGGCAGCGGGUGCUUUACCGGGAUGUCAUGAGGGACAACUAUGAGCUUCUGAUCUCAAUGGCAGGUCAUUCUGUUAUGAAACGUGACCUCCCGCCACGGACCGAGCGAGGGGAGGAGCCGCCACGUUCCAGGGAAUGGAGCGACGCAGAGGAAAAGGGGACUCCGCAAAGCUGCUUCUCAGAUGAUGAGAACUUUACUAUAAAAUCAGAACCACCUGACCCCUUACCAGAGAGAUCAGAAGAGAAUCUCUCCAUGUCUCCAGACUGGAGAAACACCUACAAGAUCCAGCGCAAACCACAAAGGCAACAGAUGUACCAUGCAGGAGCCAAGCAUGAGAAGGUAACUAUAAAAUUAGAGCCAAGUGAGUCCCCAUCAGAAAAGUCUGAAGAAGAUCUUUCCACGUCUUCAGACAUCUACAGGAUCCAGUGCAAACCAGAAAGGCAGCAGAUGAACCCCACCGGAGCAGAGAAUGAGAAUCUUACUGUGAAACUAGACUCACCUGAACUAUCACCUGAACAGUCCAAAUACACUGUUCUUGAGUCUUCAGAUUGGGACAGCACCUUCAGGAUCCCUUGCAAAUCAGGAAGGCAGCCGGUGAGCCCCAUUGAAGUGACCCAUGAGACCUCCGCUAUAAAACGGGAGGCACCGGACGGAUCAUCAGAAACAAGCCCAGAGAAUGUGACCGUGAAUUCAGACUGGGGGAAUGUCUGCAGGAUCCCGUGCAAAUCACAAAGGCAGCCGAGAAGCACUCUAGGGGCUGAGGCUGAACAAUCCAGCUUUGGCAACAUAGAGAAUUUUGCACUUUUCCAAGAACACCUGAAGAGAGAAAUGCCAUACGUGUGCCUGGAAUACGAAGACAACUUUGCGGAUCAGGUUGGCCUGGAACCACACCAGGGAAAGCUCCCACUGGAGGCUCCAUUUAACUGGACUGGUUGUGGCAGCGGCUUUGGGCCGAUGUCCCUUCUCAUGACUCAUGAGAAAACCCACAUGGGAAUGAGGCCGUACAUCUGCACGGAAUGCAAGAAGGGCUUCAAUCACAAACAAGACCUGAUACGGCAUUACCGUAUCCACACGGGAGAGAGACCCUAUCAGUGCACUGAAUGCGGGAAAAGCUUCGUCCAGAAAACGCACCUUAUAACGCACUUCCGAAUCCACACGGGCGAGAGGCCGUUUCCAUGUACCGAGUGCGGGAAAAACUUCAGGAAGAAAACCCACCUGAUGCGGCACCAGAGGACUCACUCGGGAACCCGGCUGUUUCCCUGCUCUGUCUGCCAGAGGAACUUCAGCCACAAGCAAGAUCUCGCCAGGCACCAGCAGAUCCACACAGGGGAACGGCCGUUCACGUGCACCGAGUGUGGGAAGAACUUCGGCUGGAAGAAGAAUCUCAUCACCCACCAGCGUAUCCACACGGGGGAGCGGCCCUUCAGCUGCGCCAAGUGUGGGAAGAGCUUCAGCUGGAAGAAAUAUCUCAUCACGCAUCAGAAGACCCAUGAGGAGAAGAGACUGUACAACUGCCCUCACUGUGACAGGAGCUUCUGCCAGAAAUCCGUGCUCACCACGCACCAGAAGACGCACCUCGAAAGGCGAUCCUACACCUGCGCCGUUUGCCAGAGGAGCUUCGGCCACAAGCAGGACCUCAUAAGGCACCACCGGAUCCACACCGGAGAGAGACCAUUCGCCUGCAGCGAAUGUGGGAAGAGCUUCAGCCAGAAGACUCACCUGGUGACCCACUUCCGGAUCCACACCGGCGAGAGGCCGUUCCUGUGCAGCGAAUGCGGGAAAGGGUUCAGCAAGAAAACCCACCUGAUGAGGCACCAGCAAAUCCACACAGGGGAGCGGCCCUUCAGCUGCACCCAGUGCGACAAAGGCUUCAGCUGCAAGAAGAACCUCCUCACCCACCAGCUGAUCCACUCCGGGGACGUGAUCCUCUACGCCUGCGCCGAGUGCGAGAAGAGCUUCACCUGGAAGAAGAACCUCAUCACCCACCAGAAGAUCCACGCGGGGAAGAAGCCGUUCGUCUGCACCGAGUGCGGGAAGAGCUUCAGCCAGAAAACCCACCUGAACACCCACCAGCGCAUCCACACCGGAGAGCGGCCCUUCCCCUGCGCCCAAUGCGGCAAGGCCUUCAGCCAGAAGUCCAUCCUCAUCACCCACCAGAAGACCCACCUGGGCAGCCGGCCCUACGCCUGCACGGAGUGCGAGAAGAGAUUCAGCCACAAGCAGGACCUGAAGCGACACCUGAGGAUCCACACAGGAGAGAGGCCCUACGCGUGCACCGCGUGCGGCAAGAGCUUCAACCAGAGGACGCACCUCAUCACGCACUACAGGAUCCACACCGGGGAGAGGCCCUUCCCCUGCGACCUCUGUGGGAAGCGCUUCAGCAAGAAAACACACCUCAUGAGGCACCAGAGAGUGCACGCCACGGUAAAGCCGCACAUGCGCAGACUCAACGUGGGGGCCAUCUCCAUGGGGAGCCAGAUUUCGGUCUCGGUUGGAAGUCCUAUCUCGCUUGGGGAUGCGCUGAAGGAGGAGACCAUAUACGUUUACCAGCUGUGAAAGACGAGCAACGCUAGGCGCCUGCCCAACGGAGCUGAGCAAGGAAGGUGCACAGAAGCAGCUUCUUGUAAAAUAACCACUCAGAAUCCAGAUGGGACUGAAUGUGAGAAAAGCUUCACAGCGGGGCCACGUGCCCGGACCCAGUACGUAGCAGCAGGUCCAGUCUAACCAUCCAGCUCCCGUUCCCACCAGCAAAUACGCACGGAGCAGAAUCCACGUCUAUUUAUCAGGCUGAGGUCUGCAGAGAAACGUUAGAGCACCCAGGGACCAGCCUAGCGCUGGGACCCUAGAGGAAAGGUUCGUCUCCUCUCGAAGGUUCAUUAGUGGCCUCUCACAAAGAACAUGCUUUGGCCCAAAUUUGCAGCCAGUUGCCUUAGUUGCACCUGCAGAAGUUGAAUGCAUCUGUCUGUGCCCCGAAAAGUGCAUCAGCCUAUACAAGAUGAGCAACCGCAUGCACAAAGCAUGUUUGGGGUGCACACAAACACUAUGUGCUCCCAAUAUUUGCCAGCACAGUUACAGAGUCCCCUGGGAAACACGCCCCUUUGUGUCCUGGGUGUAAGAACGUCCAUCACAACGGGACAUUUUAACGGUCACAAGACAGUCCACAUAGCCAUUCACGGGAAUCUACGGGGAGGAAUAGAAGCUUCACUACUAGGUCCUGCUUCAGUCUGCUCUGCAGAUCUGAACCAGGAGAGCAAAGACAGGCUUGCAAUGAAUGUGUGAAAAGCUCCUAUCGAUGUUUAUAUGUAAAUCUCCAAUGGGAUCAUCGCAGGAAUCAACAAACCACAAAGACUGCACUCAAUUGUACAGUAACCCCUGAACACGUGAGAAAUGGGGGGACACAGUGACCGGUGUGUAGAACGGUUUCAAAAGAAGAGGAGUAAAGGAAUAGCCAAGAUACCCUGUUAUCUCCUCUGUCAGCCACUCCCCCUGCACCCCGUCUCCGCAGGGUGGCAGAGGGCACUGAACGUACGUUGGCAGGAAGCCGUAGUGGGAAAGAGUUUUAACAGAACCAUCAUUUCUCCUUCUUGAACUGCUCCUGGAAACACUGGCGUGUAUUUCAGUGGAGCAUCAGCACGUGCUGCAGUGACCGAACCAGGGGCUUUCCGUUCAGCCAGGGGGAAUGUCUACCCAGCUCUUCUCUCGUUCGGCUCGCACAUCCGCAGGGGAGAUUCAGAACUGGGUGCACCAGGAGAAUCUGCACCGUCUGCUUCCCCACAGGGACCCAGGGCUGUUACUGCAGGUGUCGGCUCUAGCUGCCAAACCGAGCGUGCUGAGUAUCAGACACGCUCCCCCAGUCUAGCCAGGACACACUAACAGGGCUUAAAUCUGACCAGAGCAGAGCUCCGGGAAAUAUUUCCAAGCCCCAGCGCCACCCUGCGGCGUGGAGCCCCCGCCCGCCAUAUGGGACUGAAGCCCUGAGCCCCGGCGCGCCCCUUUCCCACACCCCUGGUGCAGCCGAAUCCCAGAGCCCAUCACCCCGCCACAGGGCAGAAGCCCCGAGCUCACCCCGCCAGCCCAGCGGCUGGAGCCCUGAGCCUCCCCUCCAGCCCACUGGGCCCUGGAGUUUUUAUAGCAUGGUGGGGGAGGGCGUGGGGGGCUCCGGGAAAUAAUCUAUGAGAAGUUAAGUUCUGCCCACUAAUACUACAGCCUCUGCAACAGGGGAGAGCAGAGACUUUGGUGCCUAACCUACAGCACGACGACUUGUUCAUCCACAGAAGCAGAGAAUGAUCUAAAGUCGCAUUCAGUGUCCUGCAUAAAGUACAGGUCCAUUGGCGUGACAGUGAUGGUACGACUGAUGUUACUGCACUUACCUCUCCCGGGCGGUCUAGGGGCCAGAGUCUGAGCUGUCCAGCGUCUAGGGGCUUGUCUCUUCUCCCCCCAUCGCUGUAGUAUUUGAAUCCCUCCAAGUAAAACCAACCCCCCUUUUGCCGCCAUUGGAGGGGUUUAAGAGCAGGUUGGACAAACACCUGUCAGGGAUGGUCUAGAUAAUACUUAGUCCUGCUGUGAGUGCCGGGGACUGGACUAGGUGACCUCUCGAGGUCCCUCCCAGUCCUGUGAUUCUAUUUCUUUCUUCCAAGAAGCAAGUUUGGUGGACACACACACACACCGUGGAGUAAAUAAAGA